AUGCAACGUGUUCAGACAUUUUGUAAGCUAUUCUCUGAGGAAUCAAAGUUUCUCCAUGGAAAGGCAGCAGCUAGUUAUUUGGACUUCAUGCCUUCACCUAUGGUUAUAAGGGCCUCGUUUGAUGACUUAUUGCUUGUGGCACCUGGUGGAUGUGAUAUCAGAGAUUACUACAUUUGUAAUCCGCUUACGAAGCAGUGGUUUAAGCUCCCUGAGGCUCCUAUAGGCCGUCGAAGUGGGUUUGCAUUAGUAUGCAUCCCCGACAGUAGCAAAUCACAAGUUGGAUUCUCUAUCAAUGCUCAAUACCAAUACAAGGUGGUACUAAUGAAUAAAUUUUCGCUUGGUACAGAUGCUGAGGAUUAUAAGUUUCGGGUGUCAAUCUUUUGUUCUAAAUCAGGAAAAUGGAGCCAAUCAGUCUUAUCAUGUCCAAAAGACAAAGUGCUCAGGGCUAUCCACUACGUUGAUGUUGUUACAUGCAAUGGAAUUCUAUAUUGGCUUGAAGAUAAUCGUUCAUCUAAAAGAAUGUUUGCAUUCGAUUUGUUCAAUGAUCAAUGUAGAGUCAUCGACUUUCCUGAUGACUGUGUGCGUGGAUGGCAAAAUUCCUAUGGCAAAGUACACUUGGGAGCUGUAUGUGGAGAGCUGCAGCUGUUGCAAAUUUUCAACACAAAUGAGGAGGGCUUUGUUCUGAAAGUUUGGGAAUUGAAUCAUUCAACUUGGUGGGUUUUAGUUCACGAGAUAAACUUGAAAAGGCCUCCCGGUACUAAGAGGAUGGUUGGGCUUGCUGUUCAUCCAAUCAACAGGAAUGUGGUCUUUAUGAUAUGGGACAAAUAUGUUUUCCAGUAUAAGAUUAUGGAAGACAUGUAUGAAAAGGUCGAUAAGCUUCGAGAACCUAUAAAUGUAGGUGUCUACCGACCUGUAUGGUCAUGUGAAGGGGAAAAGACUACCGAGAUGGUGGUUGUAGCUGUAAAUUCACUUGAGCGAUUUAGUACCUUCCCGCUUGUGCAUCCUGCUUGGCCAACACGAGUUCCUGCUCAUCCUUCACCUAUCUAG